CGUCGCUGCGGUCAAUGUUACUUGACUCGCAAUAGUUUACCGUAAUAGCUAUACAGGCUGCGUCCCAAAUAGUAGUGAUCUCAGCGCUGCAAAGAGCAAUAGCUAGACUCGAGACAAAAUAUGUUAGAACAAUUGACUUCUGGAAGCAUGCAACGAAUGGGAACAGUUACCAUGCUCAAGUAAUGCCCCGGAGGCACUGGAAGGGCAUUCUAUGGUGGCGCAUCAGGAUGUCCUAUAUAUUUUCGGGGGAAUGAUUGACUCUGGAUCUAAUGAAGAUGACACUCCACUCUGGCUAUAUGACAUUGAUUCAUCAACAUGGUGUCACAAUAAAGCAGCAGAAGACAAGGAAGCCAGACCUACUAACCGUAAAGGACACAGUGCCGUUGUUUACCAGGCCGGCAUGUAUAUCUUCGGAGGAUACUUUGAUAUCAAAGGAGCAGUUGAAGAAUUCUGGAUGUUUUCUUUUGGUUCAGAGAAAUGGUCAGCAUUAAGUCCUCGCACUCGUGGAAUGGGUCCAGGACCGCGGCACGGCCAUGCUUCUGCUACAUUCAACUCUGCAAUGUAUCUGUUUGGGGGGCUGAAACAAAUGGCUGAGCAGAAUGAUUUCUGGAAGUUUGAUUUCAGAAGACAUCAUUGGUCAAGCAUCAAAACCAGUUCUGGACCACCAAAGGUAGUAGGACAUGCCUGUGUAAUUCAUCAGAACAGUCUGUGGUUAGUUGGUGGAGGGUUACCAUACCGCUGUCCUACUGGCAACCUGUGGCGCUUCCAUUUCCACUCUCGGUCAUGGAAGAAAGUACCCAAAGGAAAAGAGGACAGUGAAGUUGCAAAAAUGUAUCAUUCAGCAAUAGGAGUUCCUGGCCUACUCCCCAGAGCUCCUGACAUGACAUGCCUGGAGGUUGGUAUAUCUGCUACCAAACCUGCUUCAUUACAUAAAUGGGGUACAAACAAAGUAGCAAAUACUCCUAACACAGAGGACAUAGAAAUGAAAACAUUCAAGCAAUUUCCUUCAACACCUUUGUUUUGCUCCUGCUCCUUUAAUAACCUUGACCAGACAGAUGAACAGCAACUACUGUCCAGCUGCAGGAACGAUGAUGAACCUGUCACUUACGUGAAUGCAAUAGAGGAAGAGGAAGCAGUAUCUCAGCCAAACAGGACAAAACCAGAUCUUCUUAUUAUAGGAGGUAAACCUCUCUCACGGAACUGCAGGAUAUCAGUAUGGCAGCUAAAGCUAUGUCAAGUAGCGAUCUAAACAUGAAUACCAACAUUAACUGAAUACAAGGCUUGUUCUGCCAGCUGCCAUACACAGUUAUAACAGGUCAAACGUACUAGAUUUUGAUGUAAUACAAUAUGAUAGGUUAUCUCUGAGCUACAGCAGUUGGCCAUUUAGACAAUCAAGAAUAUAUUAAUUACUUGUGGCUAAAUUCCACUACUUUUUACAUUUUCAAUAAAGUGGGACCCACACCUUGUUAAAAUUUUUACCUCAUUCAUUCAUUAAUCUUUAUUGCCCUUUAAUCAAAUAACUGUUCUUUUUUUGUAAAGAAGAGCCAGGGGAUCAAUAAGAACUCUUUAAUUCUAAUGCAUAGGACAUGAUUGUUCAAAUGUCUCUGGCAUGGAGAGAAAUCACGUAAAACUUUGAGUAUUGAAAUGAAGGCGUCUCUCCUUCACAUCCAGAACCCCAGCGAGUUAAAUUAUUUUCAAAUUAAACUUUGCCUUACCGAUCUCCCAAAAUUUACAAGACUUCUUAGGUAAUCUUUCCAGACCAGAAAACUUUAGAGGAUCAGUUCCAUAGUGAGAACGUAUGGUGUAUAGAACAAGAAUACUUUAAGUGAGAGAGGGGAGAUAAUUUGUUAAAUGUAUAUGGACUUUGAAAUAGUUUUAAGGACCCUCUUCAAAAAUUUACAACUUUAUUAGUUUGUCCUUUUUAAUAUCAUCUAUAGCCGCCACAUCAUACAACUUCACUAUAUGACACAGUAAGUUAAUUUAUAGUUAUUGUAUGAAAUUCCCACAAACACAAUACCCUUUAUGUUAAUAAUAUAGUGUUUCCUUGAUGGCAUCUGUAGAGUGGAAGAAAAAUGGUAAUGUUUACGAAGCAAAUAUGAGCUCACAUUCUAGUUACAACAGAGAACUAUUUACAAAAUCCAAUGGUUACUUGUGAAACCAUUAGCUAACCAUGGAGAGGUCUGUUUUAUAUACCAGUUUCCCUGCUAUAUGCCAUUUUCAUACCAUUGGGCCUAUCUAACUCCGAAUGGAGCUUGUGGGCCAGUGUUUCUGGCGAGUCUUCAGACUAGAAACACCAGUUAUGAAGCAGCGGUCUAAAGACCGCUGCUCCAUAACCCUGUCCACCUGCUCUGAGCUGCUGGUGCAAUGCUGAAUACGGAGAGCGUAUGGCUCUCCGCAUUCAGCGAGGUCUUGCGGACCUGAUCCGCACUGUCGGAUCAGGUCCGCAAGACCUUUACUAAAUAGGCCUCCAUAUGUUAGACACCUACUUGGUAUACAUCACAUGCUGAAAAGUAACAUGGAAUGGGUCUUGCAAAUAUGGCAAGGAGUGGGUGGAGUUUGGCUAUUGAAUGUAAAUUUGUUUAACAAAUAUUUAACCGUGUCUGAUGUUAUGAUUACAAGGCAUUUCUGCUGUAUUGCUGCAGUAUAAGGUGUUCACUGUCCUGAGCUGUGUUGUAUAGGCUUAGCAGACAUCUAUCUAUACAUUAUAUUUUUUGUGUAUUUCUUUUUUAUAGGUGCCAGUUCCAGAAUUUCACCAAAUAUUGUAUUUUAUUACAUUUAUUAUGCAAAAGAAAAAAAUGCCAAUAUCACUUUUGACAUCUAAAAUUAAAGUGCUAAUAACCAUCCAGUAACCUCAGGUUUCAGUUUUAUACGGACAUGAUGCAUCUUAAUUACAGCAGUGGAUUAAAUACUUGGUGUUAUUUGAAAUCGUAAAUUCAAAGUCCCAUUGGCAGAGAAAACCUAACUGCUAGUAGUGGUCAAGGAUGAACUAAAGAAAUUGUGACAGGUUACUUUGUGAUGCUGUAUAUGUGUAUUAAGUGCUAACAUCAAUAAUACUGGAAUAUUUAGACUUAAUAUAUUGUAUAUACUGAUAUUAAGUCAUUUUAAAAACUACUUUUUUAUGUAUUAUGUCUAAGUAUUGUUUUACUUGAUUAUAAAACAAUUUUGCCCUUUAUAAAAGUAACAUUUUUCAGUUAAUCUUUAACAUGUUUUGCAUUAUUAUAUAUGCCAGUGCUAAAAUAAAACAUGGAAACUUG